GCAUGGUUCCCGGCAAUGGAAGAAAAUUCUCCUAUAUUAGUUUUCAUUAAAUACUUUAAUCCCAACUUUAAAUACUUUAAUCCCGAUACACAAUCUCUAGAAGGAGUGUGUUAUUUAUAUGUUAGAAAAUUUGAUAAAAUUGGCGAUAUUAUUCCAAUUCUUUGCGAGAAAAAGAAUUUUCCAUCACACACACACUUGAGAAUAUACGAAGAAAUAAAACCAGGCAUGAUUGAGAAUAUGAAACCCGAAUUUACUUUUCAACAAUCUGAGAUAGAAAAUGGUGAUAUAAUUUGUUUCCAAAAAGCUUUAACAAACCAAGAAGUACAAGUAUAUACCACUGCAGGUCAUAUUUGUGAUAUUCCUACAUUCUAUAAGUUAUUAGCCAUGCGUAUCGUUGUCCAAUUUAAGCCAAAAUAUAAAUACCGUAAACAAGAACCUGAAUUUGAGUUAAUUUUAAAUGAAAAAUAUACAUAUGAAGAAAUAGAAAUUCAUAGAAAUGUCAUACUCACCCUAAUACACGUUGCUAUUUUUUUAAACAUGGAUCCUUUGAAAUUACGGUUUACAACGGCACAUCCAACGUCCGGUGCAUAUAAAGCCACUAUUAAGAGUACAACCACGCAAACACUGUUAGAAAUGCUUCAAGCAACCAAUCUAUCUAGUUCAAAAAAUUUUUUAUAUUAUGAGACGCUUGAUAUUAGUAUUAUUGAAUUAGAAACUGAAGUAUACUUUAAAGUACACUGGCUUGGGACAACUAUUAAGGAAAAGACAGUUACAAUUAAUGAACUUCUUAAAGUAAUUGUACAAAAAUUAGCAAUACCAAAACCUACUCAUAGAAUUAGAUUAUAUGAUGUCUUACAUUGCAAAAUUCAGAAUGAAUAUAAUUUCAAUGAUCCAGUAGAUAAAAUACAGGAGAAUUUAACGUUAUACGCGGAGGAAAUACCACAAGAUGAAAUUGAACUAAGAGCUAAUGAUAAAAUUAUUCAAGCAUUUCAUUUUACUAAAGAACCGUUACGCACGCAUGGAAUUCCAUUUAAAUUUGUUCUUAAAGCUUGUGAGCUUUUCUCUACGACAAAGUUGCGCCUUCGAUUGCGCUUGGGAAUGAGCGAGAUAGAAUUCUCGAAAGUAAAAUUUGCAAUUAUACCAGCGGUACCAUAUGCCAAACCUCAGUAUAUAGAGGAUAAUAAUGUUAUUCUAUCGGAUUAUGGAUUGACAGAUGAGUUGCUAGGUCUCGAUCAUCAUAUGGCGAUAUAUAUUAGGAGAUAA